AUGGAGAAGCAAGAUGCGGUUGGCGAUGAGAGGCUUCGUCUGCCCAACCCCUUCACGCUGCCCUCGUUCUCCCUCGAAAAAUGGAGCUACAUGUCCCUGUUCGACCCUGCUUAUGCUUCAGUCCUCGUGGGGCGUGCUGCAGAGUGCUGGUACGAGGACCUGAAGGACUUCACGUUCGCCACGGCCUUCAUGCCCGUGUCCAAGGCCCAGGCCACGGCGCUGGUGCAUCACUACCAGCAGCACCAGCUGAGCCGCACCGAUGCACUCACGCCCGAUGACGAGGCGCAGCUGGCCCAGCUCGAGGCCGAACUGGCCCACGCCAUGGAGGAGAUGAAGUCAUCAUCAGCAAGACGAGAGCUGCAAGGCGAAGAAGAAGAGAUGAGCUUCUUCGUGCGGCUGUCGUCGCGCAGUCCCAAGGACGCGGGCCUCAACGAGGGCCACCCGCGCAUCAUGGAGUACCUGACCGAGGAGCUGGACAGGUUCGGCGGGCUGGCGGCGGCUGACCCCAACCAAAAGACCGUGGCGAUGCAGCGGGCCGCGGGGCGGAUUCUGCGCGUGACCGACGCCAAGCAGGCGCUAUGGCUCAUCGUUAACAGUGAGCGCACAUUCACCGAUAUGGUGCACGCGCUUGGGCACGAGGACGGGGAGUGGACGAUGAAGAUCGUGCUGCGCCACUGGAUGGACGGCGUGGAUCUGGCCAACGAGUUCCGGGGCUUCGUGUGCCAGGGCAACCUCACUGCGCUGAGCCAGUACAACGACGGCAACUACUACCCCGAGCUGAUGGGCAAGGAGGAGCUGAUCGUCGGCAAGAUCAGCGCGUACUGGCAGAAGGUCAAGCACCAGGUCAAGUACCAGGCCUGCAUCGUCGACUUUGUGCUCGUCAACAACAUGCAGGACGUCUACAUCGUCGAGAUCAACCCCUUUGUACACCUGCCGCCGCUUGAUUCCAUCCCGUCCCGGCCGUUCAUGUACGGUCCGGUCACCGGCGGCGCGCUGUUCGAUUGGGGCACCGAGCGGCCACUCCUGCAGGGCGAGUGCGAUGUGUGGGGCGACCUUGACGAGUACCAGCGCAAGCAGAAGUCACUUUACGGACUGGGCGACGCCGAUGAUGGAGAAGACGGUGAACGCGAAGUGAACGAGGCGCCGGUGCGGGUUCAGCUGCGAUACCAGGAGUACCACCACGACGACCACGACGGAGAGCCACGGCCGCCAGUGCUGCGGCUGGUGCACCGCGUGCCGUCGUAUCUGACCGACGACUACCUCAUGGCAUUCCCCAUUCUCGACCUCAUCGGCAAGUGGCAGCAGCCGGGCACCUCGAGCGCCGGCGCAUCGGCGAUGAAGCGGGACCAGAACAAGAACACGACCAAGACGUGCUCGCUCCAGUAA